AACCAAUGUCCAGGUUGGCGGAACCGAAGAGGUUGGUUGGAGGGGGAGGGGGAGGGGGAGGUGGAGGUGGCCCGUGGGACAUGGUUGAUGCGCCGCCUUCAUGUGGCAAUCUAGUAAUUGCAUUGGCGAAGCGCAGGGGCCGCACUGUGAAAGCCACGGGCGGGAAGGAGGUUGGCAGAGAGCAAGUCGCCUCAGAGACUCAGACCUCAGACCUCAAAAUGACAACAACGGAAACGAUAAAAGACAAUGCGCAAAAAGUAGGUGCACAUGGGCGAAUAAUAUCGCACGUCGCCGUUGUCGCUCGACUACGGCAGAGAAAGGAAAAGAGAAGCGCCAGGGCCGGAAACAGAGCGCGCGUGAAAUCUUGGAAGCCGAGGAGAUGAAGGAGGGAAGAUGUAUGACGCCGUCUAAGCCCGGCUGGGAAAGAGAGGAGACGAGUUCCGAGACGGGAUGACACAGAACGGUACAGGAUUACACAUAAAUUUGCCUAGGCGAGACGAUAGGCGAGCGACUACUCACGGGCCAGAGUAGAGACUACAGGCCAGAGACUAUAGGCUAGACAGAGAUUACGGGGCGAAAGCGCCAGGACAAUGACAU